GUUGCUCAGCUACUGGAACACCCGUUCUUUGAAAUGGCGAGACAAAAUAAUUGUUCCAAUGCCAGUAACGUGGAAAAACCGCAUUUCAAACUCAGCAGUCAUCUGAAGGAUGCACUUGCCGAGGCGACCAAUAAAGCCGAGUUGAGACUAAAGGACGAGCAGAAAGUAGUUAGGCAUCAGAAGAGACUUAUCAAGGUUCAAGAAAUGAUGAGUUCCGAAGAGGAGAUGAAGAAACGCAAACACAAAUUGAAAAAAGAGCAAAAGUUAGCACAAGAGCGGACAGCCAAUCAACUUGCAGCAAACGGAACAAAACAGAUUAACGGCAAAAGCCCAGAGGUUUGUGACAGUCCAACCAGUACUUCAACGGCAACAAGCGUGGGUACCCUUACACCGCCGACUCACGCUGGACACAGAAGUUGAUGGCAUAAUUUACGAUCGGUGGUGUCGCG